GCUAUAUCAGAGUAAUUAUGCUAGAAUUGAGUCGUAUAGCUUCUCAUCUAUUAUGGCUUGGUCCUUUUAUGGCAGAUAUUGGGGCACAGACUCCCUUUUUCUAUAUUUUCAGAGAACGAGAAUUUGUAUAUGAUCUAUUCGAAGCUGCCACCGGUAUGAGAAUGAUGCAUAAUUUUUUUCGUAUUGGAGGAAUAGCGGCGGAUUUACCUUAUGGUUGGAUAGAUAAAUGCUUGGAUUUUUGUGAUUAUUUUUUAACAGAGGUUGUUGAAUAUCAAAAACUGAUUACACGAAAUCCUAUUUUUUUAGAACGGGUUGAAGGCGUUGGGAUUAUUGGUGGGGAAGAAGCAAUAAAUUGGGGUUUAUCCGGACCAAUGUUACGCGCAUCCGGAAUACCAUGGGAUCUUCGUAAAGUUGAUCGUUAUGAGUCUUACGAUGAAUUUUAAUGGGAAAUUCAGUGGCAAAAACAAGGAGAUUCAUUAGCUCGUUAUUUAGUACGACUUAGCGAAAUGACAGAAUCCAUCAAAAUUAUUCAACAGGCUCUGGAAGGACUUCCGGGGGGUCCCUAUGAAAAUUUAGAAAGUAGAGGCUUUGAUAAAAAAAGGAAUCCAGAGUGGAAUGAUUUUGAAUAUCGAUUCAUUAGUAAAAAACCUUCCCCUACAUUUGAAUUAUCGAAACAAGAACUUUACGUAAGAGUUGAAGCUCCAAAAGGGGAAUUGAGAAUUUUUCUCAUAGGAGAUCAAAGUGGUUUUCCUUGGAGAUGGAAAAUCCGACCGCCGGGUUUUAUUAAUUUGCAAAUUCUUCCUGAACUAGUUAAAAGAAUGAAAUUGGCUGAUAUUAUGACGAUACUCGGUAGCAUAGAUAUAAUUAUGGGAGAAGUUGAUCGUUAAAAUGAUAAUUUAUGCAACAGAAUUACAAACUAUAAAUUCUUUUUUUAGAUUGGAAUCUUUAAAAGAGGUCUAUGGACUCAUAUGGAUAUUUGUCCCUAUAUUUUCUCUUGUAUUGGGAAUCAUAACUGGUGUACUAGUAAUUGUGUGGUUAGAAAGAGAAAUAUCCGCAGGGAUACAACAACGUAUUGGACCUGAAUACGCCGGCCCGUUAGGAAUUCUUCAAGCUUUAGCCGACGGGACAAAACUACUUUUCAAAGAAGAUCUUCGUCCAUCUAGAGGAAAUACUCCUUUAUUUAGUAUUGGACCAUCUAUAGCAGUUAUCUCUAUUUUACUAAGUUAUUCAGUAAUUCCUUUUAGCAAUCACCUUGUUUUAGCGGAUCUCAAUAUCGGUAUUUUUUUAUGGAUUGCCAUCUCAAGUGUUGCUCCGAUCGGACUUCUUAUGUCAGGAUAUGGAUCAAAUAAUAAAUAUUCUUUUUUAGGAGGUCUGCGAGCUGCUGCUCAAGCGAUUAGUUAUGAAAUACCAUUAACUCUAUGUGUUUUAUCAAUAUCUCUAUUAUCUAACAGUUUAAGUACAGUUGAUAUAGUUGAGGCACAAUCAAAAUAUGGUUUUUGGGGAUGGGAUCUGUGGCGUCAACCUAUAGGUUUUAUAAUUUUUCUAAUUUCUUCCCUAGCAGAAUGCGAGAGGUUACCUUUUGAUUUACCAGAAGCGGAAGAAGAAUUAAUAGCAGGUUAUCAAACUGAAUAUUCCGGUAUCAAAUUUGGUUUAUUUUAUGUUGCUUCUUAUCUAAAUCUAUUAUGCCAGUUUUUAAACCAGUUUUUAAAACAAAGCCUUCUUUUUUUAAACCUAUUUUUAAAAAUAAGUUUAAAAAAAGAAGGCUUUGUUUUUAAACUGAAUAUUCCGGUAUGCCAGUUUUAGAUUCGUAGUAUGAAG